AUGCUUCCUUGGAUUAUGACCCUUCUUCUCCUUCCACUUUUUCUAGCUACCAGGGUACAAGCAUUCAAUACAGUCCACACAAAUUGCACACUUCCGCCCGAGCACACCAAUUUUGUCACAGCCCCCAAUACCCGUGGGACCUUGCAAAUCCUAUGGUCUUCCCUUUUCACUAUUCUCGCCUGCACAUGGACUGUGCUUCAUCUCAAUGUUCCUAAAUAUCGGCCGAAACCAGAAAUAAAGGAAUUCAAGCACUGGCUGGGUUGGAUGGUGAAGAAGUACCAACAUCCAACGAAGUGGUUUCUCUUGACUGUUCUUGCCCCAGAAGUACCUUUCGCCAAAUACUGGGAUGAUCAGGUCCGAGCGCAUUCUCUUUUCCAUCAUUAUGAAGAUUUUUUCGUGAAGAAUAACUGGACAAGAACUCAUGUUUUGUUUGCCAAUAUGGGAGGAUUUGCGCUGCGAUGCACUGCCAAUGACGAGGAGGACAAAUCCGGUUCAGACAACGAGGAAGCGAGUACGGAAAAUCAAGAUAGCAACCCACCCGGUACGGGUUCUUCUGUAGAAGAUGAGACAUCCCCACAGGAGGGCUCGAGCACAUUGAAACAAUCGACGUCGGUGUUCAGCAACGAAAAGGCAACCCAGGAACCACAACCUACCCUCAACGAGAAUCCUGCAAAGAAAUUCGAAGGUGUUUACUAUCUGACAGCCACCGAUGCUUUUAAACUUCUAUGCAGCACCGAAACAUCUAUACCGGAUCUAGCUGAUGUAUCCGUGGAAGAGAUCAACGAUCGGUCCAAAACGGACGUCUUCAUGCGGCUCCUUGCCGUCGGACAGAUUCUCUGGGUGGUUGUUCAGAUUCUAUCGCGAGCAGUAUAUGGUCUGGCUGUGACCCAGCUAGAGGUCACCGUUGUCGCUUUUGCUGGGAAGCCCAAGGGAGUCAAUCUUCCGAUUGUUUUUGAAUAUCCUGGGUCGAGGGCAAAGUUGGAAAACGAGCUUGAAAAGGCCAGUCUUCCUGACCAUGAGAAAAAACACACUCAUUGGAAGUUCUACAGAUGUAAAUAUUGCCCAAGAAAGGACGGCAAAAUUCAAAAUUGGCACAACCUCAAUACCACGCCCAGCAAGGCUCGCAAGACCAAUGAGAGUCAUGGAAGCCAAAACGAAGAGGAUUCAGGAGAUACUGAUAAUAAGGGCUUGAGAAUGCUUACUAUCGCUAUAGAAGCGGUACGUACGCUGCUUGGAUCCAAGCAGAGAUUAGGAUGCCCACCAGGCAAUGGAUUCGUUGAGGAGGCAGAUGCCUCAGGCGAAUCUACUGAUGUUCUCACGGACAUGUCCAUGUUUAUCGGCAGUAUGAUCUUCGGGUGCAUUCAUCUCAUAGCUUGGCAUUUUCAGUUCCCCACCACGAUAGAGAAACAUCUCUGGUGGGCUGCAGGAUUAUGGUGCACCUUUUGUGUUGUGGCGUGUACGCUGCUUUUCUUCGCAAUCUUCGGGUUUAUGGUAGCCGAAGAAGCCUUGACUAUAUGGCUAGAAGGUGAUGAUCCUUCGCCAUCUAAUGAUACCAAAACAAAUAAGCCAAGUUCCGUGGUUGAUACCUCAUCCAACCUCGAAACAAAGCUCGAUGUCGGACCGGCUCCCAGCUCAAAAGACACACCGACGCCUAUACCUUCUGUUUCAAAUGGAGAUCCAGAACGGCAAAGUUCUCCGCCAUCACGCAGGAAAUCAAUCCGUGAAGUUGCUAUUCGGCUUGUUCGGUCUCUUGUUAGUGCGCUUUACGUGUUUGUUGCAAUCUUGCUACUCCCAUUCACAGUUGCUUAUAUUGUGGCAAGAUUGUUUAUUAUUGUUGAAAUGUUUAGAACAUUGGCCUUUCUUCCGCCGGACGCUUAUGUUGCUACUUGGUCGUCGGAAAUUCCUAAUAUUGGUUAA